AUGACGCUCUUUCGUCUCGCCAUUUUCGCCGUCUUUGCGACCUCUGUGCAAGGCAAAACCAACGAAGAUCAAAAGGCAACUAGUAAGCUUAUGGUGCAUAUUCCCCACAUGCUUUACAAAUCCGCAGGAUACGAUCACCGCGAAGCUCUAUUUGGCAUGCCAGCGUAUGGUGGUUCGAUCUCUCAGAAUGUGUACUACGCCGACAGCGACCUCUGUGAUCCGUCCGAAGAAAUUGAAGGCUAUCCACAAACCGACUCGGAUGGCGACGACGACGAUGUAGCACCAUUUCCAGCGCCCUAUAUUCUCAUGGUUAACCGCGGAGGAUGUACCUUUGUGCAAAAGGUGCGCAACGCACAGCACAUUGGAGCAUCAGGUGUUUUGAUCGCCGACGACACCUGUCUCUGUUCGGAUAAAGUCUGUAUGGCCAACAGUGAAGACGACGAGGACGCCUGCCAAGUCAGCGAACCCAUCAUGUCCGAUGACGGUUCGGGUGCAGACAUAUCAAUCCCGUCUUUCUUAAUGUUCAAGAUGGACUCGGAGCGAAUCAUUGAAGAAGUCAAGAGCAAUCGACCUGUUCAGGUUGAAAUGGCUUGGAGUCUUCCGAACCCUGACGAUCGUGUAGAAUAUGAUCUGUACACGUCCCCGACCGACUCCAUUAGCAAAUCUUUUAUCCAAAGCUUUAAACAGCUUGCGGUGGCUCUUGGAGGCCGCGCGUACUUUACGCCGCAUAUGUACAUUUUUGACGGCAUAAAAUCACAAUGCCACGGAUCGGAUGGGGAGAGUCAUUGCCAUACUCUCUGCACCAACAACGGACGGUACGCCAUAUACGCCUCCAACCUAAGCUUGAGGCGACAAGAAUUGGACACGCUUCUCACCCUUUCCUUUAUCCUUUCCUAUAGAUACUGUGCCACCGACCCUGAUGGUGACUUGGAACGUGGUAUCUCGGGUGCUGACGUUGUCACCGAAAGCUUGCGUCGUAUCUGCAUCUGGAAUCACUAUGGCGCCCCCAACGGUAUCGGAGAAAUCUGGUGGGACUACGUAAUCGAAUUUGAACAGCGCUGUGCCGCUUCAGACUACUUUUCUGACACAGCCUGUAUCCAAGAAGUGUACCACCGCGCCCAGGUUGACGGUGACAUGGUCGAGCGGUGCAUGACGGAUAGUGGUGGAACUAUAGCGGAUGGGGCCAACACCAAGCUUGACUUUGAACUAAACGCCCAGACGGACCGGGGAGUAGUUAUUCUGCCAACUACUUUCGUCAACACGGCUGCUAUCCAUGGUGCCUUGACCCCGUCGAAUGUUUUUAACGCAGUGUGUGCGGGUUUCGCCGAUGGCACAGCCCCCGAAAGUUGCAACACGUGCAGUUCCUGUAAAGACACGAUUUUCUGUGUCGGUCAGGGGUACUGCAAAGCGAACGAUUCGUCCGGUGGCCCCGCGGAAAGCGGAGUAUCUGGACAUGCCUUCGCGACUUCCAUGCUGAUUGUGAUCGGGUGUUUCUCCACCUUGGGUGCGUGGUACUACAAACGCACCAAGGACGAGCUGCGAGACCACGUUCGUGGCAUCAUGGCCGAAUACAUGCCUCUCGACGACAACGAAGGAGACCUCGGAAAUCCAAUGGAUUUUUCAAACAAUGGCGAUGCGACCACUUCACUCAUGAUGGGCCCGGACUCGAUUUAGAAAACCUCGUGCAGCGUAGACGAUACGUC